UCAUGGUAUGUUACAUUUGCGAAAACAAACGAGAUAUUCAUCCCGCUAAAAUCACGUUUUAAAUAUUCAUAAGGGUAGCUUCUCUUUUAAAACAAAAUCAUGUACACUGAUAUUAAAUAAUGCAUAUUUUGUUUCUUAAUUUGAAAAUGAAUAUUUGAUUUCCUCUUGUGACAUUUUGUGACCGGUCUAAAUCUAAGAAGGAUAGAAUUGGCGAAUCAUGGAUUCCUCAACUACAGUGUUGUUAAUCUUAAUUCUUGCGACAUCUGUUAAAAGCCACAACUUUCCUGAAUAUUACGAUGGUAGAGUUUUCACGUUCAUUAACGGUACAAGUCAAAGGUCGACACCUUUCAAGGCAAUUUCUUCAAAUAAAGAAUUCAACAAAAAGGAUUCCCCUGCGGAUGAUAGCAUAGCUACCCUUUUAACUAAUCCUUCGCGUUCGAUUCCGGCUAAUGCUUACAAUCCAUCUAACACACCACCACCGAAUAAAACAGGGACAUUUCACAAAGUAACAUUCAAGAAAGGAAUCAUCUCAUAUUUGGAAGUGCUUGAUGACUUUGAUUUCGAUGGCAACAAAACCGUUCCCGUCAGGCUUUGCACAUCUUGGUACACCUUCGAUCCGGCAGAAAGUAUCAAUCACGUUCCUGGAAUGUUAACAAAAGCUGUAGACGCUGGACAUAUAAUGAAUAUGACAAUGUUUUUUGACUAUACAUCAUUUACAGAGAAUGAAACAAAACAUUUCAAUGCUGGAAGAGAAUGGGAAAUAGAUGAAUAUUUAUGUUAUUACGAUGGUAGUUCAGCUAAGAUCAAUGUAUAUGGUAAAUGCGUCAUACCUUACGUGGACAUCAUAGCACAUUACCUCUCACUUUGGAGCGUUCAUUCCAUACCUAUUGCCGUGAAUGGAGAGAGAGUCCGCGUGUCGAAUGAUUUAGAAGCUGUUUUGAAUUAUUCUUGCGGUAUAAGUGGCAAGCCCAACAAGUUAGCCGGUUGUAGAAAUAGUUCGUUUGAACCGAUUUAUUAUGUUGACGCAAAGGAACAAUUGCUUAUUGAAAACGACGAAACGCUUUGGUACCGGUUUGAUACAAAACCCACUGGGCUUGGGCACGUUGUAAAUACUUCAUAUGGCUACAAUCGAUUUAAAAAAACGUACGAUCUUAACAUGACUAUUCUGUUCAACGAUUGGACAUUUGACAUGCCGAGCGGUUUGCUUAAUAACUACCGAGAUUUCACGAUCCAUUAUGAAAACAUGUAUUUGAUUGUACACUAUUGGGUGGAGGACGACCCUCCUCCGGAAGAGCGUGACAUUCCUGAGUCGUUUUGGGUCAUGGCGGUAAUUAUGAUCGCUCCGACAACAGUUCUUGUACUGGCGCUGUGCAUACUUGCAUUCACGUGUUCGAAACGGAGUUUCGACCUCCGCUUGUGGAAGUUUAAAAAUGAUCAAAAGAAAGUUGGUAGCGUUGAAGAAGCCAAGCAAAGACAAGUAGAGAAAGCGAUUAAACGACAUGAAGAAAGAAGAAGAAACGAACUGAGAGAAGAAGGACACGAUGUAUAAAAAGAAAAUUAAAAAAAUUUUAUUACCAGUUUCUGUCAAGAGAAAUUAUUAAAUGAAACUUUUACACAUAUAUUGUAAACGUCGUUGCCAGGACAUUUUGCCUUUUAUCUGGCCUACCCUACAAUAACGGGUAAAGGCAAGAGACUUGGGAACAAGGAUUAUUAAUGUUAUUUUCAACACUUGUAUUUUAUCAUCGCAUUCAUUUAAAUAAAUGUAAUAUAAAAAGAAAAUUUAUUGUUCCAAAUCAAACUAAAAAAGUCUAAAACGCUCUUAUAUCUAUUUCAGAACUAAACACUUUAUAAUUGAAUUUUCAGUUAUGUAAAAAUA